AUGGACACGGCCGAGAAGUCUGUUGACCUCUCUGCCCUGGGCAUCGAGGGACUACGGUUCCGCACGGCGCGAACCGGCGGCCGAGUCUUGGAGGUGGCUGGCGCCAACAAGGACCAUAAGGCCGACGAACUGGCGGCCAAGCUGCGGGCGACGAUCGGAGACGUCGCCCGCGUGUCCCGGCCGGAGCUCUGCGCAGAGAUGCGUAUCUCCGGCCUGGGAGAUGCGGCCACCAGUCAGGCGGUGGCUGCGCAAGUGGCGAAGGUGGGGGGUUGCCCUGUGGAAGGAGUAAAGGUGGGCAUUAUAAAUCGCCCACCUGGCCGCCAGGGCACUGUUUGGGUAAAGUGCCCGGUCUUGGCGGCCAAGAAGAUCGUCGCCGCCGGCCGUUUCACGGUCGGUUGGUCGACGGUCAGGGCAACCCUCCUCGAAGCGCGGCCGCAGCGGUGCUACCGCUGCCUGGUCCCGGGCCACCUGGGAGUGCAGUGUGACUGUGGCACCGACCGCAGCGCGCUGUGCUUCCGGUGUGGCCAGCCGGGCCACAAGGCCGCGACGUGCGUGGCGGAGCCCUCCUGCGCAAUCUGCGUAUCGGAGGGCGUGGAAGCCGGUCAUCGACUGGGACACAAAAAGUGUCCGGCGAUGAACCGGCCUCCUAACAAAGGCGACAAGAAAAAGACAGGCGGGGGCAAUCCUGGACCCCCUGCCUCGUCGUCUACGGCAGCCGCCGACGUGGAGGCCAUGGACACCGCCCAUCAAUAA